UCGUCAAGCCCGUUUAAUAUAACAUUUUAGUAGUACUUGGCUUCCUUGAUCUAGCUAUUGGUUUGAGAAAAAACAACAACUAAACAUAAAAGAUGUUGAAUAUUCUCUCCAGAGAAGAUCUAGUAUUCGUAGUGCAAAAUUAUUAUGAGGUAAUCUUGGUCGCAUUAAUCUCAGUGUGGUUUACAUAUUUGGCUUCAAAAGCUUGGAAAGGAGCCAAAAAUGAGAGAAAAGAUAUCCCUGGACGACUAGGAUUACCUUUCAUCGGGGAAACUUUUUCUUUGCUUUCAGCCACUAAUAGCACAAGAGGAUGCUAUGAUUUUGUCAGACUUAGACGAUUGUGGCAUGGGAGAUGGUUCAAGACAAGGGUAUUCGGCAAGAUCCAUGUAUUUGUUCCUAACCCUGAAGGUGCUAGGACAAUUUUUGCUAAUGAUUUUGUGGUAUUCAACAAGGGUUAUGUGAAAUCAAUGGCAGAUGCUGUAGGAGAGAAAAGCUUAUUAUGUGUGCCCGUUGAGAGCCACAAAAGAAUAAGGCGACUUCUAUCAGAACCAUUCUCCAUGACCUCCCUAUCUUCAUUACUCACAAAAUUUGACAAAAUGUUGUGUGGAAGGCUGCAAAAGCUACAAGAGAGCGGGAAAAGUUUCAAGGUGCUGGACUUCUGCAUGAAGAUGACAUUUGAUGGAAUGUGUGAGAUGCUGAUGAGCAUCACGGAGGAUUCAUUACUACAAAAGAUCGAGAAAGACUGCACAGCCACUUCUGAUGCUAUGUUAUCUUUUCCUGUCAUGAUUCCUGGCACCAGAUACUAUAAAGGCAUCAAGGCUCGUAGAAGGCUCAUGCAAACCUUCAGAGAAAUCAUUGCUAGACGCAGGAGGGGAGAAGAGUCUUCAGAGGACUUCUUGCAGUCCAUGUUGCAGAGAGACUCAUUGCCAGCCAGUGAAAAGCUUGAUGACUCUGAGAUUAUGGAUAAUCUGUUAACAUUGAUAGUUGCUGGACAGACUACCACAGCAGCAGCAAUGAUGUGGAGUGUCAAGUUUCUACAUGACAACAAAGAAGUGCAGGACAUACUCAGGGAAGAACAAUUGUCUUUAACCAAAAUGAAGCCAGAAGGAGCUUCACUUAAGCAAGAUGACCUCAACAACAUGCGUUAUGGUUUGAAGGUAGUUAAGGAGACACUGAGAAUGUCCAAUGUCCUGUUAUGGUUUCCUCGUGUAGCACUUCAAGACUGCACAAUUGAAGGCCAUGAAAUAAAGAAAGGCUGGCACGUUAACGUCGAUGCAACUUGUGUACAUUACGACUCAGACUUGUACAAGGAUCCGUUGAAAUUCAAUCCGCAAAGAUUUGAUGAAAUGCAAAAGCCCUACAGUUUCAUACCUUUUGGAUCAGGGCCAAGGACAUGCCUUGGGAUGAAUAUGGCGAAAGUGACAAUGUUGAUCUUCUUACACAGACUCACUAGUAGUUACACGUGGACCCUUGAUGAUUUAGAUACUAGUUUAGAGAAGAAGGCACACAUACCUAGACUGAGGAGUGGCUGUCCAAUAACGUUGAAGUCCUUAAGCAAAAGCUAGCAUGCCAGAGGCAUAAAUGGAGGUCAUGGAGCCGUAAGAAGACCAAAAGAACAUUGCAGCAGACAGUUGUGCACAUCUUCAGAUUUAUGAUAUUUGAAGCAAAGGGCACCACAGGAAAUAAAUUGGUGCAAGAUUAAUAAUGUUUUGAUCCAGUUAAUACACUACUUUUAGGUAUUAAUAAUCCUGGCCAAUGUAUUGUCUACUUUGGGUGAAUUGGGUUACAAAUUUAAUUACAAGUGAACCUUGUGGUGUAUGAUGAGUCUGAGUCCUGUUAAAUUUUUGAGAGUAGUAGAGAUGAAAGCUGAUCAGACCUCUAGCUAGACCUAUUGCCAAGCCUACAUGGCCAAACAUAUUUACUAAAUAAAUGAAGAGUUUUUAAAA